GGCGGUCCAAGGAGGAGCCUGGCGGAGCUUCCCCGCGCCUCCCUCGCGGAGGUGGCGGGUUCGAGGCCGGCCUAGUCGUCCUUCGCGUGGGCCGCGGCCUGCCAGGGGGCCGCCGCCCCUCGCCCUCGCGACGGCAGGGAGAGGCCCAGCAGGGACGGGUCUCUGUCACGAGCGUGCGCGCUCUCCCCGCGCUUGCCGGGCAAUAGACCGAGAGCCUCCCUCGCUGAGGCUGAGGCUUUCUCCGGCCUCCCACUAUGACUCCUUAAGUAUUUAGGGGGAUUCGUCACGCGGUCUGGUGGCCAGUAAGAGCACAGGAAGGUGCCUUACCCCGAGUCAGAUCCCCGGGGCCAUCUAGAUGAGCUGUCACGUGUUCAUUCUUUGACUACUUGAAUUCCACUAAGCCAUGGGGGAAAACAGUCCUGAGAAUGUCAUCUAUUUCAAAGUGGAGGAAGAUGAUUUGGCCCAUGAUGACAAACUGUUGAGGUUUGUAGACAAGAAUGGCCUCAUCCCAUCCUCAUCCAGGACAGUGUAUGACAGAACAACAGUUCUCAUUGAACAAGACCGAGGGCCGCUGGAGGACGAGGAAGAUGAAGGGCAGUGUGGGGAUCACUUGCCUUUUUUACCCGAUGGUCAUGAGGAUAGAUUUCCCUUGAUAGCUGACCAUGAAGGAAUGUCCCAGGGUUAUGUCCAGCACAUUAUUUCUCCAGAUCAGAUUCAUCUGACUAUCAAUCCUGGCUCAACUCCUAUGCCACGAAACAUUGAAGGAGCCACCCUCACUUUGCAGUCAGAGUGCCCUGAGACAAAGCUUAAAGAAGUGAAGCGCUACCAGUGCACAUUUGAGGGCUGUCCUCGUACCUACAGCACCGCAGGCAACCUGCGCACUCACCAGAAGACACACCGGGGGGAAUACACCUUUGUGUGCAACCAGGAGGGAUGUGGAAAGGCCUUCCUGACCUCCUAUAGUCUCAAAAUCCAUGUUCGAGUCCACACCAAGGAGAAACCUUUUGAGUGUGAUGUUCAGGGUUGUGAAAAAGCCUUCAAUACACUGUACAGGUUAAAAGCCCAUCAGAGGCUUCACACAGGGAAAACAUUUAACUGUGAAUCGGAGGGUUGCAGCAAGUACUUCACCACACUCAGUGACCUGCGGAAACACAUUCGGACUCAUACUGGAGAGAAGCCGUUCAGGUGUGAUCAUGAUGGCUGUGGAAAAGCAUUUGCUGCAAGCCACCACCUGAAGACGCACGUCAGGACACACACCGGUGAAAGACCUUUCUUCUGUCCCAGUAAUGGCUGCGAGAAGACUUUCAGCACACAGUACAGCCUCAAGAGUCACAUGAAGGGACAUGAGAGGGGGCCCUCCUAUGCUGUGCUGUCCAACAACAGCAUCUCUGAGGAUACGAACCACUCACUCUGUCUCAGCGACUUGAGCCUCAUGUCUACAGAUUCAGAACUGCGGGAUAAUUCAAAUCCAAUGCAUGGACAAGACUUGAGUACGAUCUCACCAGCAAGUAUUUUCGAGUCCAUAUUCCAGAGCCCAGAGCCUCCUGCAAAUCAGGAAGACUCUCAGCACACAGACGCCUUGAUCAAAGAUUUUGGUGAUGCAGAGCCAGCCCCUGCCAUCCAGACACCUCCAGGAGAGGCUCCUCCUUUAUCGCUGCCGCUCGUUCUGCAGCUUGGCCCCUCUGAGCCUCCCCCCCCAGCACUGCUUCCUGCCUCCGCCGGCACUCAGCAAGCAGCCUACGGGACCCCUGCCACUGUCCUCCACGCCCCAGGAGUACCUGCUCCGGACAGCACGCUGUUUGCACCCAAGCCCCAGGACUUCCUGCAGCAGCCGCCCCCUGUUGGGACUGCCCCUGUAGCAGCAGCAGCGCCAAGCCAGGUUCAGACAGUGCCUGUUGGAGGGAGCUCUGUGCUGGCUGCCAUCACCCCGUCACCGCAAAGGGCCGCCAUCCUGCAGUCCAGCAUUGUCGUGGGAGAGCAAAACCUCCAGUGGAUUUUAAAUGGUGCCAGCAGGACUCCCCAGAGCCAAGAGCAAAUGCCACAGGCCCCAGUGGUGGAGAAGCUCUUCUUUACUACUGCCCUGCCCGUUGCUGGUAAUGCAGGGAGCUCCGUGCAGCAGAUUGGCCUGAGUGUGCCUGUGAUCAUCAUCAAGCAGGAAGAAGCCCACUGCCAAUGCCAGUGUGCCUGCCGGGACUCAGGCAAGGAGAAGGCCAGCAGCAGGAAGAGCUGCUCCUCGCUUGGCUCCAGGACAUCAGGGGAGCCUCCUGCCCCAGGGCUGCGGCCUCAAGCCUUCUCGGUGGUCGCAGCUGCCAGCACACCCUCAGCCACCGUCUUCUCAGCCGCGUUGCCUCCUUGUGAGCAGAGCGCCCUGGCGGGGAGCUCCUCAGGCUCACAGAGCCACUCCCUAAGUGCCAUCGACGUCUCAGACUUUCUCUCCCUCCAGAGCCCCGAAACCUCCUCUCCACUGAUUCCAAUCGAAGCCCUCCUGCAAGGGGAGGAGGAGCUGGCCCUAGGCAGCAGCUUUCCCAAGUGAGAAGAAAAAGCAGUGGUGUCACUUGGGCUCUGUGUGACGUGAUCACAGGAAUCAGUCACUCCAAGAGGGUUCUGAGAGCUGGCGGCUCUCUGAGAUGCACCUUGCCUGGGUUGGAGAGGACCGCUGGUGGCGCGCAGCUCCUAGGAGCAUCUUUACUGCUAAGUGUGCACUAUUAUAAGGGGGAUGGGGGGAGAGAGAACAAGAUGUUUGUGAGGGAGGAGUAAACCGGCAAGGGGAGCUCUUGUUGAAGAGGCAGCUGCACUUUGCAGGGAGAUGCCCUCAGGGCGGGGAGGCUCUCUGGUGGCAAGGGCUGGAAGUACAAGCCAGGCACAUCAUUCUCUCUUCAGAGUUUGCACAUGGCGAGAUGGGCUUGCUCCAAAGGAGCCUCUUGGUGUCUGCAUCUGAUGCAGAUAUCUGGCUUGGCAGGGAGUGAGCCACUCUCUCCAGGCUGGCUGCUUGGGUGUUUUCACAAGUCCAGGGGCUGAGAGGAUUUGCACUGUUGCAGCUUUACCAGAAACAGUCAUCCAGCACAUCAGCUUGUGGCAUCAAAAAUGCCCCCAUAGAUGAUUGUCAGGCUUUUGCUCUGGAUUGGCAGAGGUGUCUGUAGAAGACUUUGAGCUGAUCAGGUGGAGCUGCUUCUGCCACUUAGGAACAAUCCAGCUAGUUUGGGCAAAGCACACACCUUGAAUGUUUUGUGGCUGCUUAAUGUCGUUGGGUCGCCAGAGCAACUUACUUCCUUUGCAGAGAGUGGUGCUCAGCCAGCCAGUCAGUCCUCCAACUCCUCUCAAAGGCUUCCUCUUUUCUGUUAAGCGUUCAGUUCUGCCCUUGGCCUGUGCACUGGAAAGUGCAUCCUUUCUUCUAACUUACUCAGGGUAAAAUCCUAACACAGAAUGUCCCCCCCCCUCCCAAAGCCUGUAAGGUUUCAAUAAGUCUCCUUGGAAAUGUUUUAUUUAUAUGCCAUUGUUACUCAUUCAAAAUAGAUAUGCUGUUCAUAGGGUUCUUUCA